GUUCGUCGCCGUGACGUCAUUACUUUGGAACCGAUAGGUGGCGUUUGUUGUUGACUAAGAAGAUGGUUCAUGUGACAGGGUGAAAUUAACAAAAACAUACAAAAUGUCUAUUUCAUCUGCUCCAGGGAAAAAAUCCAAUCUUUUACAUAUUGGUUCAGCAGAACUACUAUGUAAAAAAUGCUAUGAAUAUUAUGGAUAUCCAGAUUGGCUUGGUUACUGUUCUCUGUGUUAUAAAGAACUUUAUCCACCAAAAAUAAAACAAGGAGAGAUUAAACAGUCUAGAAAAAUAUCGAGAAGUGUUAGCGAUGCUUCUGAGAGUUCAUUGUCAUUACGUUUUUCUAAGUUUGAAGAGAAGAAAAAACAGCAUUCAGAAAAACGCAGUACAACUAUUAAAAGCAUCAUGAAAAGAGGACACAGUUCAAAAGAAACAUCACCUCAGUCUGUAGGAAAAGAAAGGCAACCAAGUUUUGAAAAUCAAGCAUACAAAGAUUUUUCUGAGUCUAUCAGUUUAUUCCCUGAUGCAAACAUUAUAUUUAAACAAGUUCGUAGUGUUAUUGAUCAGAUUAAUAAGAGCAAAGAUCAUUCAAUUGAUGAAUUAUCAGAAAUCAUUCAAGAAUUCUACCAAAAUUUAUCUGAUAGAAUGAAAACUCAGUCUGCAUUUCAUAAAAAAACUCCUGAGGAAUUAGAACAGUUAAUGGAUCAUUGUGAAAAGUAUCUUAUGACUCGGUUAUAUAAAACUGUAUUUGGACAAAUAUCAUCAGAAGAUGAAGAUAAAGAUUUGGCUUUACAAGGAAGAAUUAGAAGUUUGAAUUGGGUAACUGCACAACAUCUAGAAACUGACAUUAAUGAAAAACAUCCUGAAGUUAGAGAUCUUAUUGAUAAGGCAAUAACAGAUAUUAUUGAAAUGGAUUCAAAGAAAAUACCAAAAGAGAAGCUUAUUUGUAUUGUACAGUGCAGUAAGAACAUUUUUGCUGUACUUAGAGUGUGUCGUGGAACACCUGCUAGUGCUGAUGAAUUUUUACCGGCACUAGUGUAUAUAGUCUUAAAAGCAAAUCCACCUCGUUUACAAUCUAAUAUUAAAUAUAUUACAAGAUUUAGUAAUCCUAGCCGACUGAUGAGUGGGGAAGAUGGAUAUUAUUUUACUAAUUUGUGUUGUGCUGUUGCAUUCAUUGAGAAUUUGACUGCUGAAUCAUUAAAUUUGAGUAAAGAAGAAUUUGAUAGGUAUAUGUCAGGUGAAGCAGUACCACCAGGAUCUUCUAAUCAAAAUCCUGCACUAUGUGAAGGCCUCAGGGUGAUUUAUCAAAAUCUCACAGAUUUAUCUGAUCUCCGCUUGCGCCAAGAAAAACUGGAGGAUGAUAUCUUAUCACUACAAGAAGAUUUAGAAAAACUAAUGACUCAAACUAAAAUAUUGAUGCAACUCUCAGAGAUCGUAUUUAUAGAAGAAAUUAAUAGUAUAAAUAGUAUUGGACAGAAGAUUAAUAUGAAGAUUUCUGAACAAUACUCUGAUGUUAAAUUAGAGAAGCUAAUGCAGAAAUUAAUUAUUACAAAAAUGAAUGUUAUAGAAUUGAAGAAAGUAAUAUUGAAUGUGAAAAGUGUAAGUGAAGAAGUGCAGGCCGUCAUUAAUCGAACUGCCUACAUUCGACAGCCAUACAAAAUUCCUUCAAAUAUUGAUAUUCGUCUGGUACCAUCAGCAGUUAGACAUAGAGUUGAAAGAGAAGUAGAGAUGCAAGAAUUAAUUAGUCUGGAAGACUUAUCACAUAAGAGUGUAGAAAAUAAAGUGUUUCAAAAACUAGCAGAUUAUCAGAAUAGUCAAGAAAUUACAAAACUUUCCAGUCAAGAUAACGACAGUAUUGCAAGUGAUAAUUUGGAAACUGUUGAAGUGCCAACUGUUAUUGAAUGCAUUCAAAAUGCAUCUUCAUCACAGCAAGGGUUUCCUCUCGAUCCUCUUUCACCAGAGCCAGCAUCUAGUACCGAAAAUCUUCAUCUCCCUCCUCCAUUACAACCAAUUAUUCUCUCUAGUCCACAAGGAAGUGAGUCUCAAAAUAAAGACAUUCCUUAAUUUUUAUUAGUACAACUCUCUGUUAUUUAACUAUUAUUUAUUAAAGAACAAUUGUUUGCAUUCAAAUUUUAAUUCAUAAAUUUAUAAAAGAAUGUUUUGUAUAGAUGUAUCAAAAUAUUCAAAUUAAGUUUAAAAAAAAAAUUAAAAAUGAGUUAAAAUGGAAACAUUCCAAUUAUUCUUAAGUGACAUCUGUUGAUUCCUGCAAUUCUUACUCAGAUGACAACAGUAUUUGCACAUUUUGGAAUUUUUUUCUUUUAUAUAAGUGCAAUCAUUUUAAUUGAUGCAAAGCACUCAAUGGUGUCAUGAUAAAAUAUACUAUAUCAUCAAUCAUCAAAAAUAAUUAAAUAAUUUAAAAAUUUUUAUCUGCUGAUUUAAAUAUUUGUGAUAUUACAGUAUUGUUUAUUUUUUAGUGUAAAUACUGGAAUCGUGUUAUUAUUGUGAGAAAAUCAUAAUUGUAGUUUCUAUAAUUAAAAAGUUAUUUUUUAAA